AUGAACCACGCCAUGGAUUCACUGGCCCUAAACCGGGCAGCUCUCGACGAGUUCGUCACACAGCGGGUAUCGCGGGAGAUGGUGAGCUUCCUGGCACAGCAGGCGUCGCAGGUCAUCCGCUGCGAAGCCCAUGUGACCAACUCGAUCGGCCACCACGGUCAACCGACGCCUCCCUCCACGCCGCCGCUUGAUGCCGAUAUGCCGCCGCUGCCCUCCAUCGAAGCCUUCAUCGCCUCACUGGUCGCCCGGUCGCAGGUCCAAGUGCCCACGCUCAUGAGCUCGCUGGUCUACCUGGGCCGUCUGCGCGCCCGUCUGCCGCCAGUGGCCAAGGGCAUGCGUUGCACCGUCCACCGCAUCUUCCUCGCCUCGCUCAUCCUCGCCGCGAAGAACUUGAAUGACUCCAGCCCCAAGAACAAGCACUGGGCCCGGUACACGGCCGUCAAGGGAUUUGAUGGGUUCGGGUUCUCCGUGGCCGAGGUCAACCUGAUGGAGCGCCAGCUGCUCUUCCUGCUGGACUGGGAGACGCGCGUGACCGAGAAGGAUCUCCUGACUCACCUCGAGCCGUUCCUGACUCCCAUCCGUCUGCGUCUGCAGGCCCAGGCACGCGAGCGCAAGGCCGAGGAAGAACAUCAGCGCAAGCAACAGCAACAUCGCGAAUGGCGACGUCUUCAUGCAUCGGCGGAUCUGCUGGCCAGCCGUCUACGCCGCCAGAAGCUCGAGGCCCGCGGUGACGGCCGCCGCGGCUACGACACCUCUGCUCGCCGACUCCCCACGCACGUCUCAUGCCCUAGCAUGCACCAGGCCCAACCGUCUCCCCAGUCUCUCGUGGAACACGAUCGUUACAACCCCUACCACCGACACCGCACCUCACCCCACCGACCCGGCCGCUCGACCUCGCCGCCAUCCGUCCGCGACGUUCCAGGCCUCUCCCACGCCGAGACCUUCAACUCGCUCUGCUCGCGCUCCUCCAGCGUGGCGCCCAGCUCGCGCGGCACGCCCGCCAGCAUCAGCACAUGCUCGUCACACGGCACCGACGACGUGUUGGUGACAGAAUCCAACACGAGCCCGUCCGUGUCGUCGCUGAACUACAGCUACGUGCACGUUGGCGCCCUCGAGCCCAAGAAGUCGUUUGAGCCGAUCCGCCAGCCCAGCAAGAAGAUGAAGGUCAACAGCCACACGCAUGGCAGUGGGUUCGUCGCUCGUUUCCUGGCCUCGGCUACGGGUUCGUACAUGGGCGGCCGUAUCGGUCGACCUCACGUUUGA